CCAACAAAAACUUCUGUUGACGAGCCCAGUGCUUCCGUCGCCGGCUAACCUCCCGUCGCCCUCAAUCGUCGGAAAACAAGUAAGUUUACUUUUUCCGGUCAGUUUUCCAGUUUUCCGGCAAGUUUUCCAGAUUUCCGGCGAAAAACACGGCGGGCCGAAAAAAAUUGCGGCCGGAGCGACGUCGGGCCGAAAAAAAUUUGCGGCCGGAGCGACGUCGGUCCGAAAGAAUUUUUCGGCCGGACGGCGCACCGGCCGCAAAUGUUUUUCAGCCCGGUGCGCCGCAAAAUUUUUUCGGCCCGACGUCGCUCCGGCCGCAAAUUUUUUUCGGCCGGCCGACGCACCGCCCGCAAAAUUCUUUCGGCCCGGCCAGUUUUUUUAUUUAAUUUAAUAUGAUAAUUAAUUAAUCAAUAAAAAAUUACUUAAUUAGUUAAUAAAAAUUAGCAAUUAGUGUUAAUAUUUAUUUAAGUUGGUGUAUAAAUGUUUUUUUUUGUAAUAGGCGUUUGAAAGUUUAAUUACUUAGAUUAGUUAAUGGAAUUUUAAUUAAUAAAGAAUUGAUUUAACAAUUAAUGUUAAUAUUCAGUACAUUAGUUAAUAGAAAUUUAAUUAAUUUGUGAUUAAUUAACAAUUAAGGUUAAUAGUACAUUAGUUAAUAGAAAUUUAAUUAAUUUGUGAUUAAUUAACAAUUAAUGUUAAUAGUACAUUAGUUAAUAGAAAAUUAAUUAAUUAGUGCGCAUCUAAGUAUGAUAUUGUGUAAAUUUGUAGAUAAUUAGAUAUGGAUGAUGCGGGUGAUGCGGGUGGGAAUGAGUUGUAUAGAUUCAAUGGUAGGGUUGUUGAUGCAUCAGCAAGAAGGAAGAAUAAGGAGAAUAAGCGCUCUCGAGAUAUUGGACAUCAGUCACAGACAAAUUUAGGGGAGGAUGAGUUAGAGGCUCCUACUGUAGUUGCUCGUUCGGCAUCACGGGCGUCUGGUUCCCAUGGGAGGAACCAGGGUGCUGCAUCGAGAGUGGUCUCGGCUGAUUUUGAUGAGGACGAUAAUGAUGAGGAUAUCGUGGUCCCUCCACCUACGCGUGGACAUGGACGAGGGCCGUCUUGUACGGCAACAUCACGUCCUGCUAUGUAUAGGGACCGAGCUGGGCGAUUCGUACCACCUGCUCGUCAGGAGACAGAGAGCUUGGGGACUGGACGGAGUAGGGGAGGACGUUCGAGUGGUCCUCCACCGUGGGAGCUUGUUGGUGAGUGUCCUGGUGGACCUACGGAUCCUAGCCUCAUUAGGAGCUUUCGUGGCCACGUUGCCUAUGCGCUUUGGACGGGGGCUGGAGAUCGAGGCGUCAUCAGUUGCUACAGCCGUACAUCGGCGGUUUCUUAUCUGAGUAGCUACGUGUUUAGUCAUGUUGAGGCGGAGGAUCUGGUGGCGCAGUCAGGUCUCCAGCACCUGAUCUACUCUAUGUUCCGCAAGAUAGCGAUUGACGAGGCUUUGAUCUCAGCUUUUGUGGAGAGGUGGCAGCCAAACACGAACACCUUCCACUUGCCUUUUGGAGAGAUGACGAUCCUCCUCCACGAUGUUCAGUACUUACUGCAGAUUCCUGUUGAGGGACGACUGAUGAGUAGGAGUUCUGCGCAGCUUGACCAUCCGGAGGCGGGUUUGUGUGCGCUUCUUGGGAUGAACUCGGAGCAGUUGAGUGGCCGUUCGGAGGUCCUUGGAUAUAAUAAUAGGGGUAAGUGGUACGAGAAGGGUGGUUUUCUUGCAGAGAUGGCGUCCAGAUACUUGCAGAGCCAUAGGACACAUGUGACAGAGGCGCAGUCGUACUUGUUGUUGCUGUUGGGGUCCACUUUGUUUGUGGACAAGAGUAGAGAUAGGGUUCGGUCGGUGGUGAACCUAUUUUUGGACGAGUUGGAGGAGUUAGAUCAGUAUAGUUGGGCGUCAGGUACACUUGCUUGGUUGUACAGAUACCUUGGUCAGGCGUCUCGUGCUGGUGCCAGGGGGAUGGCUGGUUGUCUCACACUUCUGCAGUGCUGGAUCUACGAGUAUUUUCCGGGUUUCAGGCCAUCUCACUUCGAGCCUGCCGCUGUUGGACCUGAUGAUGCUUGGGCUUCACGAUGGGUUGGGCAGCCGACACCUGGUUCUGUGGCUGAUUCCACUGGGAGGUUGGCGUUCUACCGUCGAGCUCUUGACAGCUUGACCCCUUCUGAUGUGUUUUGGACACCUUUCCAUCAAAGGCCUCAUCAGGCAGUGCGUCGCUCUUUGUACACUGGAGUCAUCCGGUUCGCUGACAUAGGCGAGUUCUAUGAUCAAGCCCGUUGCCUCCGAUAGUUUGGAUACCGACAGAUGGUACCGCCUGCCCCUUCGCGUCCUUAGUGAGCAGACCGACCAGAGGCACCUGGUGGAUAUGUCAUUCGGAUUCCUGAGAGUUUUGAUGCUGCAUGGGAUGCUCUGCUAUCCCACAUGGUUCAUAUAGACAUGUACUCUCAGCCGUGGACGACGUAUCCAUAUGAGACUACGAGAGACUAUCUUGACUGGUUCGUGGCGCACUCUCAUUGUAGAGUCCUACGGGAUGAUGGAGAUGCAGAUCGACUAGUUGACUCCGCGGCGGUAAGAUUUGACCACUAAAUCGUUACUCUAUUAUAAAUAUACUUAGUAUGAAACU